AUGCUCGGCGCCUGUAGCAUGGAUUCUACUCUGAUCAUCCUGAAAGGUGCGACCCCUUUGUGUUUUACCGGAGUUGUACUGUUUCAUGGCCCAAAUGGGCGGGUCAGGGCUGAUCCGUCUAGGCACUUCUAUUAUACCUAUGCAAACAAUUCUUGAACCAGGUUAUGUCACAGACGCAUGCCCGCAAGCCGCCUACACGUAUGAAAAGUACACUGUUCUGUCUGCAGAACACAAGGCAACCGAUCAGUCAUCAGAACUGCACCACCUUGGCAGAAUCUCGUCAGCGCGUUCAACUUCAGUGCGUCUAACUUGGGGCGCAGGUGAAUGUCAAACCUGAGCCUCUUUCUACGCAUGCAUUAUUAGUAAUUUAAGCGUGAGUUCAAGGCGCGGUACGCGAUUUACCCACGAACCCACAGCCAUGAUGUGCACCAAGACUUAGGAAACAGCUGGGCAUUGGUUGAUCGAUUUUCAACUCAAAAUAUCGGUCGGAUGUGGUUCGGUAGCCCAACUUGACGUAAACAAACCCCAGUCACCUCCAAUACGGGACCGGUGGUAAUAGGGUUUUCUACAGGUGGGGCCGGAGAACGCACAGACGACGAGGUCAAGUAGCCGUAUCGAAAAGAAAAGCUAUUGGGAGUGCGCGAUUGAACUUCGAAUGGGCGAGAAAUAGUUGCGCUAACCCCUAACCCUAACUCUAGCCCCUAAUCCUAAACCCUAACCUCUAACCCUAACUCUAGCCAUAGCCCCUAACCCUAACUUCUAACCCUUUAACCCCAACCCCAACAGUAUUUUGCCCAUCAGGUAAGGCUGCCAGACCACAUCUUACCAAAAAACCAAGUAGGUAGGAUUGCAAUACCGCCCAAGGCCAAACACUGUCAUAGAUGAACUCACAAGGCAGCCACUGCUUAGGUAAUGCGCACUGUUCAGUUCCUUUUCCGUGCUUACACAGAACUUCUUGUUCCUUUUUCUGUAAAGAAUAAUGAAAAUUACGUUUCAGUCGUCAAUGAGUGUCGCUACUGAAGUGGCGUCUACGGUUUCCGCAGACUUUUGGUGUCUGCACAAACUGACCGAGAUUUCUUCGAGCAAAUUAUAAAAAAUGAAGUCUUCUGCGCAUUUGAAGGGCAGUUCAAUCGUAAGUUUCCUGUUUGAAGGAGUUAAAUAUAUCGAUUUUUUUAAAGAAAGUCGUAUCCAAAACCACAGCCAAUGUAAAUCAGGUGGUACCGACAAAGACAAGGGAGACCGGAAUGGCCAUUUCUGGCUUAUUAGCCGUUAUCAGCCAGUCAUACCCAACUCAAAGUGUGGAUCACUUGAGAUUCGAACCCGGGAUCUUUGGUCAUGGAGUUUGACGCUCUACCAUUGAGCCACGGGCCCGUACUCCUGUCGGUUGUGAUCGGGAAUAUUAAUUAUGAUAGUGGGCGUUCACCGAUCAGGUUACGGGUUCGAAUCUCAAGUGAUCCACACUUGGGGUUGGGUAUGACCGGCUGAUGACGGCUAAUAAGUCAGAAAUGGCCAUUCCGGUCUCUCUUGUCUUUGUCGGUACCACCUGAUUUACAUCAUUCUACUAGUCCCUGUGCAACUACCUGCGAGGGUUCUAGUAUGAGCCCCAAGGCACAACGGAACGAGCAUGUUCCGUAACCCGAUCGGUGAGCGCCCACUAUCAUAACCACAGCCAAAGUUUUCCCCAGCAAGAGGCCGUCCGAUGGGCAUAAAUGAUGGUGCGGGAGUACUCAAAACGCCACAAAUGCCAGACCAAAUUCCGGGUGACAGGAGAAGACAGACGUCACCAGACUGCGGGGGUUUAUUGUACACAGGAACCUGAGUUGUUCUCUCGGGCGGCAGUAGCCGACGGCGAGACCGGGACAUAUGCUGACGGUGUUAAGUCGCGCCUCAGAAUGAGUGAGACGAUUGGUGGCAGUUGGUUUUGCAGGUUCAAGUGUUGUCCAAUUGCGUGCUUGCAUGCGCCUAGGGGCGGCGCGUUCACAAUCGGCGCAGGGGCAGUUGCGACUGUGUGGAGGACGUCCGUGUGUCUGGAGUGAAGUCGAUCGAUUGGCUGCAGGCCAAGGAGUCUGGGGGACUGCACGCCGGCAAGGUGAAUGACCUUGAGGUGGCAGGGCCUUGGGCAUGGUCGCCGUCAGCAACAGUAUAGCAGUAGAUAGGACCAUGUCACCUUACUGGCACAUGCUCCCAUCCUGCGGACUGCGUUACACGGACCACGUCCCCGCCUGCGGAGCCGUUCGUCUUACCAUAAUGUAGAUGUCGUGGGUGUGCUCCCUGCGUAGACACCAAAUAUUAGUAAAAAUCCCACGAGCGAACCGUUUCGCAUUACUUAUUUUCGGAGGACUCGGAUGGACUGGAUCACAUUGUUAAAAUUCCGGUUGCUUGUUCCUGACCACACGGCGUACCCGACGGCAAACGACCUCUCACAUUGGGUCACGGCCUUCUCCAUCCCAGCUUAACUCAGUUCUUAGGACGGGAACAUGCGUUAGAAGGGUAUAUACGUCAUUGGUAGCAUUAUCCAAUCUACCUGCGAUCAUGUGAUGGCCUCAGAAAUCGAAAUUUGAGGUACAAAUUACCCUAAAAUCCCAUGCUUAAAAUGAGCGUAUUCCUAUAUAAUGCGUGCGAAACUAUCUCAGAAGAAUUAACAGCCACGCAUUAAUUAAGUAUUCUAGUAGAUGCGCUAUCAUGUGAAAUGCUGGCUGAAAUCCUGAAAGUUGUUUUUUAUUCUGAAUGAUUACUUUAGUUGGGUUGCAAAAUUAUCUAUCGCCCUGUAGUCAGUUUAAGUCAGUUUAUUAAGGGAAUGAGGCUUUCGCCCUUGAGCUCCCUACCCAUAUCGAUAAACAGAAAUAAAGUCAUCAAUUACAUCAGCAAAUGCGGAAAGUUAAAAAAUUAGCGGUAUGUGAGAGCCAGGCGCAAACUGCCGUCGCUAAAACAAUCGUUAUUAUAUGUACUGUAGUUUCUCAACAAAUGAGCAUCUAGUCUACACUUAAAGGAAUCGACACUUUCGGAAAGAACCCCUGCAUCAGGGAGUCCGUUCCAUGCCCCAAUGACCCAGGGAGAGAAGGCGUUCCGUCGGACGUUCGAAUGAGCCAGAUUCCUCUGCAGUUUGAAGGGAUGACCACGCAGACGGUCAGUCCCGGCCAAUUCGAAGAAUUCAUUAAAGUCUAGGGCACACUCACGACCUCUGACAAUCCUGUAGGUUUAAAUGAGAUCGCCGCGCAGUUGCCUGUAAUUUAGAGGAAACAGAUUUAGUUCGGUCAGCCUGGUGUCGUAAGGCAGAUGAUUAAGAUUCUUGCCCAUCUUCGUAGCCAUCGCCUGUACUCUUUCCAGUCGUUGAUAAUCUUUCUUCGACCACGGUCGCCGGACCUAGACUGCGUACUCUAAAUGGGACCGGACGAAUGCCCCAUAGGUUUUUCCGAACAGCUCUUUAUCGAUCCUCGCCUCAGCGCAAAUAACAUCCUUAUGGCACUUUUGUAAAGAUAUUCCAACCACGACAGAAUGCUGACUUUCGGAUGAACUUUUCCUCACCCGUUUGAAUAAACUAUAUUCUGUAAAAAUGACUACUUAAGUUGCAUGAAUUUUCCCGAUGGUUUCUGAUGCCCUUGUAAACUUGAAUAUUUUUCACAGAAAACAUGGACAAAAGCAUUCCUUCUUUUGCCCAUUUGGUAGCAAGUUAAAUCCUUAAAUUCUAUGCUUGAAGAAAGGCCAUCUUUAGGUUUAAAAAACCUUUUUCAAUUUUCAAAUAAUUUGAACUCGAUCUGCCGUUACACUUGCACCAGGACUUCCGAACUACAAACUGUAAUCUUUUCGUGCUAGCAAAAUAAUUCCUUUUAAAUGCUGUUAUGAAGAGUGCAUAUAGGGCUCAUAAAAGUUUGUAAGGAAUAUGGACCACUUUAUUUACUUUGUGGGCAGCAUUAAUAAAUGUGCGAAUACGAUGCUGUAUCAUAGGACAUUUCAUGAUCCUAAAAAAUCUCGUGAUUAAUAACUUUCAAAAACCGAAAAGUACUUUACCUCUAAGCAUAAAAUCUGAAGAAGACUUCAAUUGCUUGAAGAAGGAGACACGAUCGCCGGGACAAGAGCUUUAAUAGUCUGACGUUUCGGAUUCCUACUCGAAUCCAUCAUCAGAGAAAAAAGCAGAAAGGGAUGGUUGUUGCACAAGGGGCUGCGGUAUUUAUAGGAUGCAGUAGCUAUGCUACCGCAUACCUAUGAACACUGGAGAACAAAUUUCGGAGGCUGCCCAAUCCAACGUCGCCCAGAAACGACAAACGGGUGCACAACCUGUCAUCAAAGGAGCUGACGAAGGGUCAGAUGCAGGUUUUGCGGCACGAAGCUUCAUUUAACACGGCUGACGCCAAACCUGUUAACAUGAUUGCAGCAUUGGAAUCAAUCCUUUGUCAGACGGAGGCAACGGAGGAGACUAAGAGCCACAUCCGACACCAAGUGUCGUCUCUCCUGAUGGCCCACAGGCCGCGGGAAGUGCUUUUCAAGGUCGAACGUGAUGCACUUAGAGAACUCAAGGCGGACAAAGACCUGGUCAUCGUGCCAGCGGACAAAGGACGCGCCAUAGUUUUACUGGAGAGGAUAGACUACCUUCAAAAAGCCAAAGGUUUACUGGAGGACCGACAGUUCUAUGUCCCAUGUGCAACGAACCUUUAAAAGCGUUGACUCGCGAAAUUAAUGCUACAUUUUUGGCCUUAGAGAACUCGGGUGCAAUAACACCGACCGACAGGCGCAUAAGGAGACCCCAAGAUACGGCUUUGGCCCAAUUCCAUGGCCUCCCUAAGAUGCACAAAUAAGGCGCUCCUCUCCGGCCCAUCGUGUCGCUCAAAGGGACUCCAACGUACGGAUUGGCCAAGUGGCUGUGCCGGCGUCUCAAGUUCCUGACCGCUGAGUCAGGCACCACGGUCUCUUCGUCAGCACAAUUCCUGGAGAAACUCAAAGAGGUAAGCAUCCAUCCAAAUGAGGUCAUGCUAUUUUUUGAUGUUACACCCUUUUUUACUUCUAUUCCCCAGGACCUGGCGAUCGAGACAAUUGAACUGCUACUACAAAGCAAAUACGAUGAAACGGAGAACAGUCUUGGACACGCCCAAGUCCUUCAGCUCCUGAAGCUCUGUCUCAGGACGUACUUCACGUUCGACGGGACAAUCUACGAACAGGUGAAGGGCACACCAAUGGGUUCGCCGAUUUCGGGAUUCAUCGCCGAGGCGGUCCUGCAACGGUUAGAGUCGCUGGUCCUCCAACACCACAGACCGAAAUUCUGGGCCUGGUAUGUGGAUGACACCUUCGUCGUCAUCGAACGGGAUCAGGUGUUGACAUUCCAAGAACAUCUCAACGCCGUCUUCCCGGACAUUCAAAUUACGAUAGAGGAGGAAGAGAACAACCAGCUGGCCUUCCUGCAUGUCCUCGUAUGCCGCAAAGGCUGUGGUGAACUAAAAACCAAAUUGUUCAGGAAAGCGACAAAUACGAUGCAUGCACUGAACUUCAACAGUAACCACCCAAUCAGCCACAAACGCAGCUGUGUAAGGACGCUCUAUCGGCGUGUCGAAACGCACUGCAGUGAGCCGGAAGACUAA